AUGUUGGCUCAACAGAUUGCGCAGCAGUCGCUGCGGCGAUUGGCCACCCAGACCAAUGCGUCCCUUUUCGCGGCACCAGCGAUGCUGGGAGCCUCUCGCAACGCUUUCGAUGUUCAGCGAAGACUCGCGACCGCCGCCGCUACUCCUAGCCAGCAGGCCAACCACGACAUCCUCGUCAAGCAGCGAUUGAACCGCCCAGUCGCGCCGCAUCUCACCAUCUACCGCCCUCAGGUCACCUGGUACUUGUCCGCUCUGAACCGUAUCACCGGCUGCGUGCUCAGCGGUGGUUUCUACGCCUACGGUGCGCUCUACCUCAUCGCGCCCACCCUCGGCUGGCACGUCGAGUCGUCAGUUCUUGCUGCCAGCUUCGCUGCAUGGCCCGCUUUCCUGGCCAUCACGACCAAGGCUCUUGUCGCCUUCCCUUUCACCUUCCAUUGCCUCAACGGUCUUCGUCACCUGACCUGGGACACUGCCAGCAUGAUCACCAACAAGCAGGUCACCACCACCGGCUGGGCGGUUGUGUAUGCCAGCAUUGCGUCGGCAGUUGGCUUGGCUUUCUUGUAG